UUUCAGAGUACUUUGACGUAAUUUACAUAUGUCAAAAAUUUAAUGAAGAUGUUAUGUCACAUCUCCUAGUACAAUUUUUGUUAUUAUGAAUUAAAGAAAGUCAAGAAAGAACAUGGCGACUUUAAUUAGAACCACUUUAGUCAAGUUCAGCCCUCAAGGUGGAAAAAUAGCAGGAUGUACGGUCAUUCAGAACAGGACCAUAAUGGGUAAAACUCUUCGGGAGUCCCUUGGACCUCGUCCACCGAAGCCUCCACCAUUUGACUAUGAGAACAAAUGCUACGGCUGGUUACGUAGUCUUGUUGACCGAACGACACAUCGAUUCGAUGAAAACUCAAAAGUUCUAGUAGUAGAGGGCCCUGUAGCUGCGGGUAAGACAACAUUCGCCGCUAGUCUGGCUGAGGAUCUCGGAAUGAAGCAUUUCCCCGAAGCCAAUAUGGAUAUCCACUACGUCCGACCUAAUGGUGUCGAUAUACGUAUGUUCGACAAGGACAUACCAGAAGACACGAGAACUUUCGACCAUGUCAACUUUAAUCUCUCACCGAAUCACCGUCUAGCCGGCAACUUCCAAAUUAUGAUGUACAUGGCUCGAUACAGCCAAUACAUUGAUGCCCUGGCUCAUUUACUCAAUACUGGCCAAGGUGUUGUUCUCGAGAGGUCUCCAUACUCAGACUUUGUCUUCCUAGAAGCCAUGGUCUCUCAGAACUACAUCAGUAAAGGUGUGAAGUCUGUGUACUAUGAAUUGAGGGCUAAUACGAUUGAAGAUCUCAUGAGACCUCACUUAGUCAUCUAUCUUGAUGUGUCUGUUAAUAAGGUACAGGAAGCAGUCAAGAAACGUGGCCUAAAACAUGAAAUGGAGGGCAAAGCUCUUACAACACCAUUUUUAACUGAAAUUGAACAUCAAUACAAGAAUAAAUAUCUCCGAGACAUAUCGACCCACGCGGAACUGCUCGUUUACGACUGGAGUGGUGGUGGUGAUGUAGAAGUUGUCGUUGAAGAUAUCGAGCGUCUCAACUUUGAGCAGUACACACACCGUGAGGAGCCUAAGAUGAAGGACUGGCGUCUCCCUCGUGAGAUGGAGUGGGCCGACCAGCGGAUGUUGUACACCAACUACAAGAACUACCUGAUGAACCUCUUCAACAUACCUCGGUAUGACGUACCGGAGCUAAUCACUGAUGCUGAUGAUGGAUAUUUAAGAGACAAGGUCAUCUAUGAACACCCAGCUUUCGAAUACAUCGAGGGUUACGGCAAAAAUGAUGCAGGGCAACUGUUCAAGAACAAACUGCCGAAAUACACAGAAUAUAUAUAAAAUAAAAAUGUAAAAUGUAGUAGCCUAUUAAAAAUGUUUAUAAAUUA